AUGUCCUCCAUCUGGGGGGGGGGGAGAAGCAUUGAAGCCCUAAUCUCGCAAUUGCCUAGACCUCGCAUCUGGAACGUAGAAGGACGAGUGAGAGGAAGAAACUUAGGGAAUGGACGAUUCCAAUUUGACUUUGAUAAUGAGCGAGACCUCCAAGCGGUACUGAACAAGAGGCCUUGCCACUUCAACCAUUGGAGUUUUGCUCUGGAGAGAUGGGAGCCCUUCACUAGGGAAGACUUCCCAAACACAAUCCCCUUUUGGGUGCAAGUUACGGGCGUUCCGGUACAUUUCUGGAACGAUGACACUUUCACAGAGAUAGCAAAGGCGCUGGGAACAAAGAUGGCAAUAGAUGCAACAAGUGCCCGUAUUCAAAUUUCUGUAAACAUUGACAAGCCUCUCCAAUUUGAAGGAACAGUGGGUUUCCCGAAUGGAGAUACUGGAAAGGUCACCUUCCUAUACGUGGGCCUCCACAGAUACUGCUUCACUUGUAAGAUGAUUUCUCAUGAUGAGAAUAGCUGCCCGGAGCUAACAGAAACCCAAAGGGAACAAAAACGUCUACAGAGACUGGCUUUAAACAGCCCUGGUGCACAACGUCAGUUACCAGCUCAUGACCCUGGUCAAGAACGUAAGCAAGGCAACAAAAGGCCUCACUCUCCUUCGCUAGAUUUACACAGGCAGUCACCGCCCCCGCAAGGAUCGUCUAGACAUGGGGUUUGGAGUCGUUUGGACAAAGAGUACCCCAUUCCUCGAGUUAUAAGACGUGAUGAAAGUGCUGGGAUCCGCUCAAACACACAGCAUAUGAGCAGGGAGCAAAGGCAAGAUUAUAUACCUCAUGCUGAUAUAACUAGAGGUAAAGGGGAGAACAUCUCCAGAGAGUUUAAUGGGUCACGACAGCAAGAGUGGAGACCAAGAGUAUCUCAGUCUUACACUAGCGACCGGACCAGAGACUCACAUAAUGAUCGGGUCUUUGUGCCUAGGGAAAUGAACCGUAGUACCCCGAUGUCAACAGGAGUUGAUCAGGAUGACACAGAUUCCCAAAGAACUAUCUCUGAACACCCGAGAAUUUUCACCAAUAAUGGAACACAAGGGAGUGGACAUCUGGUGGUGCAUAGGAAUGAGACAGAAGAGGAAAAAUAG